AUGAACGAGGAUUUUUUCCUCUCUGGGGCUGGAGAGCUGGAAAGACUGCUGUUGCUGACCAUCAAAGAGCCCACUACUAUUGCCUUGACUGUGAUGUAUAUAUUAUCCUUUGUGGUUGGCUUUGUUGGUAACAUCAUGUCCAUCAAGGUCUUAACUGGCAAAAGAAGCAAGAGGCUUAGAGGAGUGAGUGCCACCCAGACUUUUCUGAUCAACCUAGCUGUGUGUGACCUCAUGGUGGUCUGCAUUUGCAUGCCCAUCACAUUGGGUCAUAAGAUAUACACAGCCUGGGUGUACGGAGACUUCCUGUGCCGGGCGGUGCCGUUCAUCCAAGCCACAUCCGUGUCUGCCAGUGUCCUCAGCCUCACUGUCAUCAGUGUAAACAGAUACUACAGCGUCCACAGUCCUCUAAACGCAAGGACCUUCUUCACCUGGAGGAGGAUCUUCUUAACCAUUAUUGUUGUAUGGGUCCUGUCUAUAGCGAUCUGCAUGCCUCUGAUAUUCAUGAACAAGAGGGAUGAGAUCCAGCUGAUCGAGGACCUGCCCCUCGUAUUUCCCAUCUGUAGAGAGAUCUGGCCUCAGGCGAAGCUGAAACAAGCUUACAACGCCCUGCUCUUUGUGAUGUUGUAUUGCCUCCCAGUAGCGUUCAACCUAACCAUCAGCUUUCUGACGGGACAGAAACUGUGGAGCACCUCCCAGAACUUCACUGAGUUUGAUUACCGCAGCCAAGUCGUGCAUUCGUCUCGGCUGAAAACCCGCAAGAAGAUCGCCAAGAUGGUGGUGGCCCUGGUGGUGCUAUUUGCCGUGUCCUGGUUGCCUCUGUACGUGGCUGAGAUUUGGAUCGACAGAGAAGAGUCCCCACCACCAUGGGUUCUGCAGCUGCGUCCCUUCGCCCAGUGGCUCGGACUGACCAACUCCAGCCUGAACCCUAUCUGCUACUGCUUCAUUGGAGAUCUAUACCGCUCUGCGAAAGUCAUUAAAACUCGCUACCAUCAGCGGUUCAUCUCCUUCUUCAGCUCCUCUUUCACCGAGGAGGUAAACGCAUCCACCACGCCGUCCAAACUCUCGUUCAACAGGCAGAUGACCGCUCUUCAGGAGGAAACCAUCUGCAAGGCUUUGGAAGGGAAGCUGUCCGACUGGUGUCCACACGGCAGCGUUUGUCAGACCACGCGGGUGUCGUUGCACUCCCCACCGGCUGCAAGCGAUCCCAGGAACCUGACAGACCAGACCAGCCUGUGA